GCCUAUCCGGCUCUCAGGGGCGUGCCCUCUCUCAACAUGGCGCCAGAGGCUUCAGACGCCCUUACGGCGAUGAUUGGAUGAAGUCUCGGGGACUUCCGGAAGUUUCCUCGCAGGCCUUGGGAAGACUGAAAGGAGUUUUGCACGUGGAUCGUCGUUCCGUCGUCGGGAUGGAGACAGCCCCCAAGCCGGAAACCGCGGCGCUACUGGGAGGAGGAGCCCACCCCGUCCGCCGCCGGCGCCUCUCCGGGGCCGCCACGGAAGAAGGCGAGGACUGGGGAGCCGCGACCCCCGAGGUCCCAGAGCGCGCGCAUCGCCCAGAAGCCUCGGUUCUCCAAGAAGCCCCCGAUCCCAAAGAACGCCUCAGACUGGAAGAAGCCGCAGAGGACCCUGUCUGGGGCUCAGGACCCGUUCCCAGGACCUGUCCCCGCCCCCCUGGAGGUGGCCAGGAAGUUCUGCCGUAUUGACAAGUCCAAAAAGCUCCCGCAUUCGAAGCCUAAAACCCAAAGCCAACUGGAGAAGGCUGAAGCACAGGAGGAAGAGGCGAGCGUCAGAGCUGCCCGCGCUGAGCUGCUGCUUGCAGAGGAACCUGGGUUUCUGGUAGGAGAAGAUGGGGAAGACACAGCAAAAAUACUGCAGACAGACAUCGUGGAGGCUGUGGACAUCUCUAGUGCUGCCAAGCACUUUGACCUGAAUCUGAGGCAGUUUGGACCCUACAGACUGAACUACUCUCGAACUGGGAGACACCUGGCUUUAGGAGGGCGUCGGGGUCACGUGGCUGCCCUGGAUUGGGUGACAAAGAAGCUCAUGUGUGAGAUCAACGUCACGGAAGCGGUGCGGGACAUCCACUUUCUCCAUUCCGAGGCUCUGCUCGCAGUUGCCCAGAACCGCUGGCUUUACAUCUACGACAACCAAGGCAUCGAGCUCCACUGCAUCCGCCGCUGUGACCGAGUGACCCGGCUUGAAUUCCUCCCCUUCCAUUUCCUCCUGGCCACCGCUUCAGAGACAGGGUUUCUGACCUACCUGGAUGUGUCAGUGGGGAAGAUCGUGACAGCUCUGAAUGCGCGGGCUGGACGGCUCAAUGUCAUGGCUCAGAACCCCUACAAUGCUGUUAUCCACCUCGGACACAGUAAUGGCACAGUGUCUUUAUGGAGUCCAGCUAUGAAGGAGCCACUGGCGAAGAUUCUGUGUCACCGUGGCGGGGUGCGGGCUGUGGGAGUGGAUUCUACAGGCACGUACAUGGCCACCUCUGGUCUGGACCAUCAGCUGAAGAUCUUUGACUUGCGAGGGACAUUCCAGCCCCUGAGUUCCCGGACCUUACCGCAGGGAGCAGGGCACCUGGCCUUUUCCCAGCGGGGACUAUUAGUUGCGGGAAUGGGUGACGUGGUCAACAUAUGGGCAGGGCAGGGCAAAGGCAGCCCACCCUCCCUGGAGCAGCCCUACCUCACCCACAGGCUCUCGGGCAAUGUGCAUGGACUCCAGUUCUGCCCCUUUGAAGAUGUGUUGGGGGUGGGGCACAGUGGAGGCAUCACCAGCAUGCUGGUCCCUGGGGCUGCUGAGCCCAACUUUGACGGUUUGGAGAGUAACCCAUACCGGAGCCGGAAGCAGCGCCAGGAGUGGGAGGUGAAGGCCCUGCUGGAGAAGGUACCCGCAGAGCUCAUCUGUUUGGACCCCCGAGCCCUGGCAGAGGUAGAUGUGACCACUCUGGAGCAGCAGAAGAAGGAGCGGAUAGAGAGGCUGGGCUACGAUCCUGACGCUAAGGCUGCCUUCCAACCCAAGGCAAAGCAGAAGGGCCGAAGCUCUACAGCGAGCCUGGUGAAGAGGAAGAAGAAGGUCAUGGACCAGGAGCACAGGGACAAAGUCCGGCAGAGCCUUGAGCAACAGCAGAAGAAGAAGCAAGAUAAGGCCAAGCCUGGAGCCCAUCCAUCUGCACUGGACAGAUUUGUACGAUGAGCCAGAGACAGCAGUUUCCACCCUGACCCUUAGGGGCCAGAAUGCUCAGUGGGCAAGGCUAAACCUGAUGCCAAACCUGAGUUCAGUUCCCAGAAGACACAUGGCAGGAGAAACACACAAGUUGUCUUUUAACCUUUCCGUGCCCACAUGGACCAGCACACUUGAGCUUGUGUGCACGCGUGCGUGCGUGCGUGCGUGCGCGCGCGCGCGCGCGCGCACACACACACACACACACACACACACACACACACACACACACACACUGUGAAUAACACAGAGAUCCAUAGGGAAAUUGUCCUGUUUGCCUUGUGUCACAGCUGUGUGAGCCGCUAGCUCCUGGAGGGGAGUGGGCAUUAAACAAGGUUUCUGAAGUGUCUGGA